CUGAAAUUCGGUUUCGACCCAAACCGAUGAUUGUAGGGAUGGGUGACUCAUAAACCCCACUCUCUUCAGUUUGCGAUUACAGAGCUUGGAGACAGCGGAAAUGGCGACCGAGGAAGAAAGCACUGUUAAGGAGCCGUUGGAUCUCAUAAGGUUGAGUCUUGAUGAGCGUAUUUACGUCAAGCUCCGCUCUGAUCGUGAACUCCGCGGCAAACUCCAUGCUUAUGAUCAACAUCUUAAUAUGAUUCUAGGCGAUGUUGAAGAAAUUGUUACUACUGUAGAAAUUGACGACGAGACUUACGAAGAGAUCGUUCGGACAUCUAGGCGUACUGUCCCGUUUCUUUUUGUUAGAGGAGAUGGUGUCAUAUUGGUUUCACCGCCACUGAGGACUGUGUAACUAUCAGUUUGGAAGUUCAUUUGCGUGCAUCCUUAAUGGGAAUUUCUUGUUCGUCUUCUCUAUCAAGUCGACUGGAGCAGGAACGUUUGUGGAUUCGACCUACUGAGAACUUUCAAGUACUCAAACUUCGUUCAUAGGCUAGGCUUAUCCUUUAGUUGCUAUGCUUAUCCUUUAGUUGCUAUGCUUAUGCUGUUCUAUUACAUAAAAUAGAUAACUAGCUAGUUGUUUUGAUAUAUUAACUGUAGUUUUCUGACAUUUUAAUUGGCUGCACAAAUUGAGUGAGUGCCUUCAGAUUUUGCAUACAAGGCCAAGUAUACGCAAUUUGAAAUUGUGUUCCUAAGUCAUAGAGAAUCAAACCUUGCUUGGUCUCUCUUUUUUUU